UAAGCACUUCCACAACAUUCUCAUAAUUUGUUCAACAGUCAUCAUGACAGACCGCUUUCAAUGCCCCAACAAAGCCUUUGGUGCCAAUCUCAUAAAUGUCAAGAAAAGCUUCCAAACUACAUUCAGGCCUCAUCCAUUCUUCUUCCACAACCAUGAUCUUUUUCUUCCUUUUUUUCCUUUUCUCUUUCCAUCUAAACACUGCAUCUUCGACUCAUUGUAGCACCACCACCGCCACCAAAACCUUUCAAAAAUGCAUGACACUUCCUACCCAACAAGCCUCAAUUGCUUGGACAUUCCAUCCCCACAAUGCCACAUUAGACCUUUGCUUCUUUGGCGCUUUCAUUUCACCUUCCGGAUGGGUGGGAUGGGGAAUUAAUCCUGCAUCCCCGGAAAUGACCGGUACACGGGCCCUUGUCGCCUUUCCGGACCCUAAUUCCGGUCAACUAGUACUACUUCCUUACAUUUUAGACCCAACUGUUAAGCUCCAAAAAUCCCCACUCCUGUCUCGCCCUCUUGAUAUCCACUUGAUUUCUUCAUCAGCUACCUUAUAUGGUGGCAAAAUGGCUACUAUACACAAUGGUGCCACGGUUCAAAUUUAUGCCACGGUAAAACUUGAACCAAACAAGACCAAAAUUCACCAUGUUUGGAACAGAGGACUCUAUGUCCAAGGCUACUCCCCAACCAUCCAUCCGACAACUUCUAAUGACCUUUCCUCCAUUGCUACGUUUGAUGUCUUGUCUGGCUCAGCAGCUACACAGCACAACAACAUUAAUAUACUCAAACUUGUUCAUGGAAUCAUUAACGCCAUGUCCUGGGGCUUAUUACUACCAAUGGGAGCUGUCACAGCACGCUACUUGCGCCACAUACAAGCGCUAGGACCUACUUGGUUUUAUGUUCAUUCAGGAAUCCAGUUGUCAGCAUUUUGCCUUGGAACUGUGGGAUUUGCAAUUGGGAUCAGGCUGGGUGAUAUGUCACCAGGAGUGACGUAUGGACUCCAUAGGAAGCUUGGGUUUGCAGCAUUUUGCUUGGGGGCACUACAAACACUUGCUCUGCUGUUUAGGCCUAAGACUACACAUAAAUUCAGGAAGUACUGGAAAUCCUACCACCAUUUUGUAGGGUAUGCUUGUGUGGUAAUUGGGGUGGUGAAUGUUUUCCAAGGCUUUGAAGUUAUGGGAGAAAGCAGAUCGUAUUCUAAGCUGGGGUAUUGUUUGUGCCUGUCGACAUUGAUAGGCAUAUGCAUAGCUUUGGAAGUGAAUUCUUGGGUGAUAUUCUGCAGAAAAUCUAAAGAAGAGAAGAUGAGGAGAGAAGGACUGAUUUCAGGAUCAGAUAAAGGUAGUGGAAUCCACAGUGGAAUGCACAGUGGAAUCCUUAGUUAAGUAAAGUACACGAAAAUGAAAAUGACGGAUUAAAAUGGUUCUCUAAACAUCCCAUUUGGGUAAAGGCCAACAAAGAAAUUCCCAUUUGGGGUUAAUUUUUUUAUGUCAACUUUCAAGUCCAAUGUUCUAAGGAAUUUCUGGAUGCAUCUUUGAAACUACAGGUUUUUAUUUCUUGUGUUUGCAGCCAAAUUCACAUGAUAAAAUAUGUUGCUAUGUUCAUAGCAACAAUUUUUGUUUUAUGCUCUAUGUAAAGUAGAAGCCAAUUUUGCAGAUCAAUGAGAAUUUCUGUUUCUUCAGCAAUCUGUAUUAUUUUAUUUGAAUAAAAAACAAUCCUAAGAAAGAAAGCCUGUAAACAUUGGGUUUAGAAUUCUGAGACCA